UCAAGCUGUCACUCACACUGCACAAAACUUUCCAUCUCUGGUUGUUCUCUGGUGUUUGACAUUUGAGUGUGAAUAUAUUUUUCUUCGCUUCGAGAAAAUCAAUAAAAAUUGCAAUUAAAAAAGCAUUUUCCAUUGAAGAACACAGAAAACGAAACAUCAAAAUGAAAUUCAAAGCUGUCAUGGAUAAUGCCGGAUAUAUGCGGGAAUUUCUCAAUAUUAUUGUCACACUGUCCAAGCUGACAAAGGAGUGUGUCAUCAACAUUGAACCAGACAAAAUUCACUUUAUUGCCAAUGAAGAGUCGGGAACCACCGCACCCCUGGUAUGGGUAGACAUUGAUGCCAAGCUAUAUUUUUCCGAAUACAAUAUCGAAUUGGCCGACAGUAAUCAUUCGAAAAUAAUGCUCUCAACAUCGCCGGCCAAUCUGAGUCGGGCGCUUUCAUCAUUGCGUUCGAAUGCCCGCCACUGCAAAUUGAAAUUGAUAAAUUUGCAAUUUCCUUGCCUGCGGGUGGAGGUAGAUGUUCUAACACAGAACUCGAAUCAGACACGUCAAACAGCACACGAUGUACCGGUGACUGUUAUUCCACGCGGUGAAUGGGAUUAUUAUGAACUGCCCCAGAAGCCCAACUCCAAGUUGGUCUUGAAUGUGCCCUCGAAUCGUCUAAUGCGUGGUCUUAUCGACAAGAUAAAGAAUCUAUCGCCUACGGUCAUAUUUUAUGCCACAUCUGCGGGUGAAAUGAAUCUCGUGGCUGAGACGGAAAUGGCCACCAUAACCACAAGAUAUAAAAAUUUGGAUAUACGAGAAAUCAAUCCAUCCAAAGGCGAAAAGAACAAAGAUCAGAUAGAGGCUUCCUGUUCGGUGGACUGUAAGAAGACUUCAAUAUUUUUCUCGGCCCUGCAAGUUCCAACGGGUGAACUAUCGUGUGGUAUUGAUGAUGAUCGCCUCAUUCACAUGGAGGUUAAUAUACGAAAUGGCGUUGCUAUUCAUUCCAUUUUGCCAGCUGUUUGUAUGUGAGAAGAAAAAAGUUUUUUGUUUAUAUUUCUUUUUAAGCAUAUCCUUCGUCGUAUUAAGACAUUUUUUUUAACGAAUCUUUGAAAAGUCAAUAAAGUGAAGACAGAACUUGAAA